AUGGGCUACUCCAAGGAGGGUAAGGAUUCUGCUUUCGGAUUAGAGCAGUGAAAGGUUAUUUGUCAAUGGUUCCGUGAUUUUAGAACUAGAAAAUCUUCUCAAGGUUUCGGAAGAUGCGGCGGACGUAGCGGUGGAAUUGAAGGAUCAUGAAGGGAUCUCCAAACUCUACCACGAAGACGCCGUGUUGAUACACUCGGGUAGUAAUGCGACGUAUGGAAGGAAAGGUGAGUUUAUAAAGAAAAUGCCUGGGGCAGGAUAAAUGUUUUUUUUUCAAAAAGUUCUUGUAGCCACUUUCAUAUUUUUUGAAGAUUUGAAAGUGCUGUAAAGGCUUUGCAAAAAUAGUCAACAUUUUUUGGGCAUGAGAAAAAGUGUUUACCGCAAACAAGAGGCUGCAAUGAAUAGCGUAGAAUAUUCGUACACAGCAUUGCUUGCAAUUUCUUCAUGAAACUCUUUUCUUGCAGCAAGUAUGUAUUUGAAGAAACUCUUUUAGCCAUCGCCGACAACUUCGUCCAACUGAUGAAACUGUUUGACAAAUUCGUUCUGAAAAAGGGAGACAUUUGGGAGGUCAACGAUGCCGAAUACAUUGUGAGAAAAGGCGAAUUCCGAUUCGACGACAACCCGAAGUGGAUGACUUAUAUUCAGUUUUACAAGAGGUCUGAGGAUGGCAACUACUUGAUUGUAUAUGACAAGUUCGAUUUGUAG